GGAUUGGAAUCCCAUUUCGAGUCCGCUGCUUCCUCAUCGUGCGGAGGGCGAAAGAAAACGCUGCGCCUCUGUCUCGCCGCUCCGGCCGCCCUGAAUGGGCCAAUCCGCCUCCAUCCCAUCCAUAAAAGUCCUCUCCUCCUCCUCCUCAUCCAGUCGCCGUGCUAAGCUUCCCUCCGCCGCUACCGCGGCGUGGCGUUCGGUGGCGAUGACAGAAGGAGACGCCGCAUCCGGCGACGGGGACGCGGCUCCGGCGAGGAACAAUACCGAGGACCUCCCCGAUGAGUGCCUCGCCCUUGUAUUCCAGUCCCUCGGCUCCGGCGACCGGAAGCGGUGCUCGCUGGUGUGCCGGAGAUGGCUCGCCGUCGAGGGCCAGAGCCGCCACCGCCUCGCCCUCGACGCCCGCGCCGCCCUCCUGGAGGCUGCGCCGGCCAUCUUUGCCCGCUUCGACGCCGUCUCCAAGCUCGCGCUCAAGUGCGAUCGCCGCGCCGACAGCCUCGGCGAUGAGGCGCUGGUCCUCAUCGCCGCCCGGUGCCCCAACCUCACCCGCCUCAAACUCCGGUCAUGCCGUGCCCUUACGGACAACGGCAUGAGCGCCGUCGGUCAGCACUGCCGUGGCCUUCGCAAGCUGUCCGUCGGGUCGUGUGCCUUCGGCUUCAAGGGCGUGGAGGCCGUCGUCCGCGGCUGCUCGGCGUUGGAAGAGCUCUCCAUCAAACGGCUCCGUGGUCUCCCCGACGUCACUGCUGCCGGCAACGCCAUCGUUGGCUCUGCCUCCCUCCGAUCUGUCUGCCUGAAAGAGCUCUAUAAUGGUCAGUGCUUUGCGCCGCUCAUCGCUGGAUCCUCCAACCUCAAAGCUCUAAAGCUCAUCCGUUGUUCCGGAGACUGGGACAGGUUACUCGCGGAUAUUGCAGCUAAGGUCCCUGGGAUAGUCGAGAUCCACCUUGAGAAGCUCCAGGUCAGUGAUCGGGGCCUUGCCGCACUCUCCUUCUGUGCCGAUCUUGAGAUCCUUCACCUUGUAAAGACCCCAGAAUGCACUGAUGCUGGUCUCGCCACCGUCGCUGAACGUUGUCACCUCCUCCGUAAGAUCCACAUCGACGGUUGGAAGACCAACCGGAUCGGCGACGAGGGCCUCAUAAUUGUUGCAAGACAGUGCCCGAACCUUCAGGAACUGGUGCUUAUUGGGGUGAAUCCAACAGCCCGAAGCUUAGGGCUUAUAGCGAGUAAUUGCCACAACUUGGAGCGCCUUGCCCUCUGUGGCAGCGACACCUUCGGGGACGCCGAGAUCACUUGUAUUGCCUCAAAGUGCAUGGCUUUGAAGAAGCUCUGUAUCAAAGGGUGCCCGGUCUCUGACCAGGGAAUGGAGGCCCUCGCGGAGGGUUGCCCAAAGCUAGUUAAAGUUAAGGUGAAGAAGUGCCGAGGGGUGACUCCAGGAUGUGCAGACUGGUUGAUGCAAUGCAGGGAUGGGAUGCUGGCAGUCAACUUGGACACAGCUGGGCCUGUGGAACAGCCAGAGGGGAGUGUUGGUGAGAGUGGGAAUCUUGAAAACAAUGAACAGUUGAUCGAUCAGAUUGGGGCUGUAGAUCUUCUCCCAUCAAGCAGUAGCUCUAGGUCGUCACCAUGGAAGACUAGGAUGGGUCUUUACGCUGGUAGGAACUUUGUAGCAUCUGCUCUCCGGAGAUGGUCCCAUGGAAGCAGCAACUCCAAUCAUACAUUACAGUGAAACAAAAUCUCGUUCUUUUAUUGCUUUCAUUGUCCUACUAAGUCUUGAAUUUGUAUGUCAUUUAGCGCUUCAUAACUAGGGUUGUCAUUUGCUGCUAUUGCUGAUCAUAAGCUGUUUAUCCUGACUUUUGAAAGUAAAUAGUGGGUAUUAUUUGUCUUUCA